UUUAUAUUUUUAUCCUCUGAAGAUCAUUUCAGUCUCGUUUUUAACCAGAAAAACACAGGAAGACAGCGGCUGACUACAGAGGUCCAAGGAAUGCCUCAAUCUGAGAGAGAGGGUGACAAAAGAGCGAGUGGGAGAGAAAAUGAACGACGGGAUGCAUCUCCCCCUCUUUUAUACAAAUCUUCUUCCCCACAGCCCGUGGAACAUCUUUCUUCUGGGGUCCGUUGUAGAGCUGCUGAUGAGUUUGAACGGAUGCAGUUUCUUCAGCUGAUGUUUCAGAAUUUUCAGGCCGGCCCGAUCAGGACAUCUGUACUUCGCUCUCCGGCUCUCCAGCUUCAAGCAAAUGAGAGCAACCCAAUAGCCAUGAACAAGAGAAAAGACAUAGGUCACAGUGCGCAGACUUUCAUGCAAGCUGUCUCUGGAUCAUGCCAGCACAGGAAACAAUCUUCCAUCUUUCAUUCUCACAGCCCAGUCGAGUCAGAAAUCCAGAGAUCCAACUCUCUUUUUGUAAACGGACAAUGUCGCUGGCCAGGCUGUGAUAAAGUCUUUGAAGGGUAUACACAUUUUUUGAAACAUCUGAACCAAGACCACAGCACAGAUGAGAAAACGAUUGCACAGUGGCGAGUUCAGCAAGACCUGGUACGCAACAUGGAGAAUCAGCUCAUUCAGGAGAAGCAGAAACUUCACGCGAUGCAACUUCACCUUCAACUGCUUGAAUGCAUCUCGACACGUACCGGGGCUGCUCCAGGCUGUUGGAGGCCGCUGGCACUAAAUUUGCCCCAGGUGGGGGAGCCAGAUGGCAGGACAGAGAGAGCUAGUGAAGCACCAGUACAACAGGAACCCUGGCACGUACUCCUACCACACCUGCUGCCAGAUUUUGUUAGCAGCAUUGAAUACUACAAAUAUGCCAAUAUACGACCUCCAUAUACAUAUGCUUUCUUAAUCAGAUGGUCAAUUCUAGAAGCCCCAGAAAAACAGCGGACGCUAAACGAAAUUUACAACUGGUUCACAAGAAUGUUCUUCUACUUCCGUCAUAAUUCUCCUACAUGGAAGAAUGCUGUGCGACACAAUCUUAGUCUCCACAAAUGCUUUGUGCGGGUGGACGGGAGGACAGGGGCUGUGUGGACAGUGGACGAGGAAGAGUUUCAGAAGAGAAAAGGGCAGAAAAUCCACAGGGACUACACUUUGAAAUGGCUGACACCCUUCUCCCAUUGUUCAUCCCAUGAAGCUUCAGAUGUAUCAGUAAAAGCCACAAAUUCUCAGUGAAAUGAAGUGAAAGUGAAGUAUGCAGAAAAUCAAUAAGUUCCGCUUUAGAUGUUAGAGAUUUAGGUAGGCCUAUUAUCCUCAAGGAUGGAAUAUUUGUUAAUAUUCAUUUUUUGUAUCUCUGAAGAAAUGCCAACUCCUUAAAAUAUGACGUUACUAUCUUGCUUUAUGUAAUUUUAUGCAUGUAAUGUAACACAAAAUACGACAGCAAUAACAUAUUAGAAUAUAAAAAAUUAUUCCGAGUUUCACUUUGACGGACCAAACUCCAUCCUGACCAGAAGAGGGCAUCUGUGCGCGCGCACAUUUUUUGGGUGUGGUAAUUCUGUAACAGAGCAGGCAAAGACAAAAAGCAUCAAAACUGCUGGAAUGAAAGACAAAGAAAUUUCCUCUCCACAUUUUUAAAUCGUAUUCUGAUCACUCUUACUCUGUAAAACUACUCAAAACUGAGCCACUGAAUCAGGUCAAGGUCAAAUUGAAUUCUAUCCUUUAUCUGCUUAUACUUCAUCAUGACACUUUUUACACCCUAUUUUGCACAUUUGUGAAUUCAUGUUGCAGUCUAAAGGUGGAGAGUACAUAAAUCAACAGCAUCUGCUCCCCUGUGGUUCUCUGUUUUGUGUUCCAGCUUGAUGGGAAUGCAUCCACCCCUCAUGAUGCUUCAUCCUUUGCUUUUGUGCUCCUCUGCCACCACAGGCUUUUGCUCACCCGUGUAUUCCUGUGCCACUAUGUGUAUUGUCACAAUGCCAUUGAUAUAUAGCCUAUUAGUUCACCAAUACAUGGAUAUAAUCUUACAUUUAUUACAACUUCCGCUAAGUAAAA